AUGCGACAUCACGGCCUUUUUGAUAUCCAGCCUGUCUCUGACAUUGCCAGUCCGGAGCCCACACUUCAAAAGAGCAAGGGAAAAGCCCCACAGAGGCUCGAAGAUGUGGGUGUGCUGCCGGACAGUGGAUUUGAGGACGUGCUAGCUGGAAAGUCUCGAAAUAUGUCUACAGAUCCGGUAACCAAUUCCUCAGAGCAAGAGCCGCAAGCAUGGCCACAAACGCCAAAGACACCAAAUGCGCUUGAGAUGAGCCGUCCACCCUCUCCUUCAAGAGAAGAAGCCGUUGGGUUGAUACGCAUGUGGAACGGCGACCCGAUGACUAAAUGGAGAAUUCUAUGCUGCUGUUUGAUCUACUUUUCGAACGGGCUGAACGAUGCUGUUGUUGGUGCUCUUAUUCCGUACAUGGAAGUGUACUACCAAGCUUCUCACACGAUCAUGUCAUUGGUCUUUGUCGGGAACGCAGCAGGAUUCAUUCUCGCCGCAUUCUUCACCAACGUCAUUCUUGGUCGAAUCGGAAGAGCAAAGACACUGAUCCUAGCUGAACUGAUUCAGCUUUCGGCCUACACCAUCCUUGUCUGCACACCUCCUUAUGCUCUUGUGGUUAUCUCCUUCUUCCUUCUGGGCUACGGCGCGGCCAUGAACCUAGCACUAAACAACGUGUACUGCGCGAACACACACCCUUCCAGUGUUAUUCUCGGCGCGUCUCAUGGGGCCUACGGCAUUGGAGGUAUCAUCGCACCCAUCAUCGGAACUGCUAUCGUUUCACGAGGCAUCCUAUGGUCGCGUUUCUACUUCAUCACGAUAGGACUACGGUUAUGUUGCAUUGCUUUCGCCGCCUGGGCAUUUUGGUCCUAUCAAGAAGACUCGCCGCAAACAUUGCUGAAUGCUAUUGAACUCACAGCUAGUCGUCAACCAGCUGAUGAAGAUUCCGAGUCCAAAUCAAAGGAUCUGAAGCUUGCAUUGAAGAACAAGGUAACCAUCUUCGGCGCUUUGUUCAUUUUCGCCUAUCAAGGGGCAGAAGUGGCCAUAUCGGGCUGGUUCAUUUCGUACUUGAUCAAUUAUCGAGAUGGUGACCCAGCAAAGGUCGGUUAUGUGACAGCUGGCUUCUGGGGUGGUAUUACCGUUGGCCGUUUCGUUCUCACUCAUGCUGCGCCUAAGAUAGGCGAACGAUGGUUCGUUGUCGGUCUCACACUAGGAACCGUGGUCCUCCAGCUCCUGGCCUGGUUGACCCCCAACAUCAUCGGCAAUGCCGUUGCAGUGUGCCUUCUGGGUCUACUGCUUGGUCCUGUUUAUCCAUGUGCGCAGACGGUUUUCUCACGCUCCAUGCCACGCCACAUCCAAACGACAGCCAUUGGCUUCAUUGGUGGUGCGGGAAGCUCUGGAGGGGCUGUAGCCCCGUUUACAACUGGUAUUCUUGCUCAGGCUGCUGGUACAUGGGUGCUUCACCCUGUUUGCCUUGGGCUUUAUGGCGCUAUGCUCGCUUGCUGGUUUGCGUUGCCGAAGGUUCACAAGCGAACUGAGUAG